GAGCCUUGAGAAUGCGACAGAGUCUUCUUGCAGCGCUGUUGUUGAGCGCCAGUGCCCUUGUGGCCCUGCCCGCCGCCGCGGCCGACCUGAGGAUCGGCCUCCAGGAGGAUCCGGACGUGCUCGAUCCGGACCAGUCCCGUACCUUCGUCGGCCGUAUCGUCUACGCCUCGCUUUGCGACAAGCUGGUCGUCCUGACCAUGGACCUGCGCGAAGGCGUCAAGUUCCAUGACGGCACCGCUUUCGACGCGGAAGCGGUCAAGGCCAACAUCGAGCGCUCGAAAGGGCUGCCGGAAAGCCGUCGCAAGAGCGAGGUCAAGUCGAUCGAAAGCGUCGAGGUGACCGGCCCGAUGCAGGUGAAGAUCACCCUCGCCCAGCCCGAUGCGACGCUGCUCGCCCAGCUCGCCGACCGCGCCGGCAUGAUGGUCUCUCCCACGGCCGCCUCCGCCGCCGGGGCCGACUUCGGUUCCAACCCGGUCUGCUCGGGUCCCUUCGCCUUCAAGGAGCGCGUCCAGCAGGACCGCAUCGUGCUGACCCGCUUCGCCGACUACUGGAACGCCGACGCGAUCCACUUCGACAGC